CGAAUGGCAGAAUAGUGUUGUCAUCUAAUCAAAGAAAAAACUGUGCUUGGAAGUACAAUGAAUACCCAAAAUCAGAACGAGAUCUUGGAUUUCGGAGAGGACCCUGUGACCAGUGUGGAGGCCAAAUUGGCAAUAUUAGCUUUCCCAUACAAUUGGGCAGAUAUGGUGGAACAAGAAGAGAAGUUGAAGAAUAAUGGAGAUGUUCUUGAGCCUCAGGAGCAUCUUGGCCAGACAAACAUCAUGAGUACUGUUGUGGAAGCAGCGGGAUCUUCUACGGCAGAACUGGCCAAUACUAAGAACGAGAUUUUGGAUUUCGGAGAAGACCCCGUGACCAGUGUGGAGGCCAAAUUGGCAAUAUUAGCUUUCCCAUACAAUUGGGCAGAUAUGGUGGAACAAGAAGAAAAGUUAAAGAAUACUGGAGAUGUCCCUGGGCCUCAGGAGCAUCUAGGCCAAACAAACGUCAUGAGUACUGUUGUAGAAGCAGAAUUGGGCAAUUAUAAGAUACCUGCAUUUCCUUUGAAAGAAGAAAGCAAAGACUUCCGUGACCCCAAAUUAUCAAAUGAAGCUCAAGACUAUGAGGACACAGCAGACACAAACGUCUUUGAAAAAGAAAGAGAUGCUCACUUAUUGCAACUGAGAGAAAAAGAGAUUCAAGUGGCUGAAGCGAACUGUAAUGCGUCCCCUGAGAAAACGGACGAGGCGUCCCGAAUUGACAAUUCUGUGAUACAGGGUAUGGAGAGACUGGUACACAUCUUUGAUGCCAAAUCUGGAAUUGUAGUUGGUGAGAUUCAUGCUCAGUACCUUCCCCGUGAAUGGGACGAAGACAAUAGACCACUGGCGAUAAGCACAGCUGAGACACAAUCAAGUAGGACAGAAUGUGCUACCACAAUACCCCAAGAGUUACAGAGCUCAGAUUCUCAAACCACCAUGUCGGAUGGGAAAACUGCUGCAUGCAGCACCAAAAAUCGAACAAUGAAUAUAUUUGGAUUGGAAAUUAUCGAUACCGAAAUUUCACUUCUGUCAACGGAGAUAAUUGAGUCCCACAUCCAAGAAUCCAAGUCGGAUACUGACGUAGAGAGCAAUUAUUUGACGAGACACCCUCUGAUGCGCCUGUUUGUUUGUGGAGCAUGUUGUUGCUCAAAAAAAAGAAAAACCAAAGAUACUGAGAAAGUUGGACUGUUGCAGAGAAUUCGGAAGAUUUUCCGCAGGAAUUAGAUGAAU